AUGGACGCUAACGAGUCUCCGUCCAAGUGUCUUACGCCGACGUCGCUGCCAGAGGUCCCAAACAGACACCUGAAGAGGCAAGUGUCGCGUCACAAAUCUGCUCGUCGCACAAGCCCCGUCGCCAAUUCAAGCAUGGCUGCUGCUCCUCAACCUGUCGAGGCUGUGACCAACGAGUCCGCCUCUACUGCUUCUCUCAUCGACGUUGACGUCCCCAGUGUGCGAACCGUGCCAGCCGACUUCCUGGAGCAGGAUGUCCAGACAGAAACCCAGGCUGAGCGAUUAGCGCGCGAGGCCGAGGCCACCCACGUCAAGGCCGAAAACUCCAAGAGGAACGCGCCGAAAAAGAAGGCGCACAAGUCGGAUGCCUGGAUUACCAAUCGGGCUUCCAGCAUGUCGGACAGCAGCGCUGGUGCCUUGGCUGUCACCAACCUGGCUGCCAUCGUCGGCGUCAGCUCUUACUUGGGUUACAGGGCGUGGGGUUUGUACGAAAAGGGCAACCUGAACUGGAAGAAUGCCAGCAUUGGCAUCGGAAUCAUUGCGGGUGUCGGCGUGGUGGAGGCUGUAAUUGGACGGUAUCUGUACAGGGGUAAGAAGUGUAACUCGUCUUAG